UGCAUUAUGUUGCAUAUCGAUACUGGUGUUUAGCGGGGAAUCCCACACAGAGACAUGCCAAUACUGCCACCAGUCUGCUCUGCCACUGCCAGUGAUCAGCUGCUGUAGUUUAUGCAAUAGUCAAUAGACACGCAACAGAAUAUAGUAGCAUGAAUCAAUAUACAUAUCAAAAUCGUAAUAACGCAAGAAGCGGCGGAUAUAGAGGAAAUACAAUAAAUCAAGGGAGCAAUAUGACGGACAGCGAGCAAACGAAUGAAAAUGAAUGUGAGAAGAACUCACCUGAUACGCAAAACCCUCAGAAUCAGCCAACACAUGCUGAUGGAUUCACCAGGAUACCACCAAAUGAAUCAAGACGGAGCAAACUGCAGAGGAUUGCACAGAAAGAAGAGGAGGAUCUGAGGAGAUGGAAGGAAGAGAAUCGUCCUGGUCCCAUUCACCUACCUCCAGAGCAACUUGGUGGUGCAGUAUCGUUGGCAGAAGUUAGACAGAGACAGCAGAUGGAAGCACGCCAGUCAAAGCUGAGAAAAAAGCUCAUGAAAGAGGAAAUGGAUAGAAAAAAGAGACAGGCAGAGGAGGAGGAAAUUGAGAAGAUGAAGGCCAUACAGCGAGAGAAGGCCAAUAAACUAAAGAUGAGGACAAAGCAAGAAGAGGAACAGAGACAGGAGCGGUAUCAGCACGACAAACAAAUGAAAACCGAGGAGUUUCUUCAAAGAUUUGAGAGGUCCGUUUCUAUGGCAUCAAGCAAUACCAUACCAGCAUCAUCCUGGGGUAAAUCUCAUGAGUACAGGGAUUCCAGAAGAGAGGAGGAGAACGCAGGCCUGCUUAAGAUGAAAGAGGAGCAGAGGAGAAAGACAGAAAUUUUGGAGGAAAAACAAAAACAACAGGAGGAGGACAGGAAGAGACGGGCUGAAGCUGACCAUCGGCGGGUGAACUUGGCCUUUCUAGACCGUCUGGAGAGAAGUUCAGGUAGGGUGUCUGAACCCGUGACCCAAACCCCUGAAAGCAGUAAUGACUGGCUGGAUGAUGAUGACAAACCACAGGAUACAGCCUUAUCCACAGUACCCAACCCAUCACAGGUCCAUACAGACAGUGCAGAGGAGGAUGAUUCUGACCUUAUAUGGAACCUGAUGAAACUUCAGAAUAGGUUUCCAUACUAUGACAGAGAUAUGCUGGAAGACUUCGUGAAACAGUGUAAUGGUGAUUACCAGCAAGCAUAUGAGCUGUUAAAUGUGUAAAUAAACACUUGUGGUGUGUGGUGCUGAAUGAUAGCUGAAAAUUCGGCUGUUAUUUACACACCCAAAUGUUGUUUUGUGAGUAAAUAAUGUUUUUUGUGUGAACUGUCCAUUUAAUUAUUGAAGGCGCUGAGCUUUAACAAAACAUUCUAGUGUCCUUUGAACUGAAACAAAAACUUCUUUUUUAGUUUGUGCAGUUAUUUUUGUUCUGACAUAAAAUGGAUUGACACUAAGCCACAGAGAAAAGAAAUCAAAACAAUAAAUCAAGAUUUGAGUCUGCUGUGGGAACGUUUAUGGAUCCCAUGAGUACAGUUCACAGACUAAAUGAUGUAAAUGAUGUGCAUU